AUGAAGAUUGAUGAAAUGAUUUCAAGUAUUUUUAGUUUAGUUGAUAAUCAGAAUCAGAAUCAAGAUCAAGAUCGGUUAAUGGUAUCGAUUUUGAUUUCAUUGGGUUUAAUCUUUUUCAGUUUAGGAUAUCUUACCAAUCCCACCGAUCAAAGAUUUCAUGAAUACCUUAAUCAAAUCUCAUUAAACAAUUUAUCAUCAAAAUCUAACCCAUCACUAUCAAAACCAUCAUUCAAAUCGAAAUCAAAACUUUCAUUCAAACUAUCCACUCCAAAUUACUUUAAAUUCAACUUCUUAUUCGGUACACUCAUCUUCAUUCAAUCAACAUCAAGUACUUCGAAUUUUAAAACUUUCCUAGGCUGUUUUGGCUCUUGGUUCACACUAGAUCUGAUCCAUAACUUGAUCCAAUUCAAACUUAAUUAUCUUUUUAAAAUCAAUGAAUUCUGGAAAGCUUUGGAAUUGGGGUUUUGUGCAUUUAGGGAUCUACUGAUGAAGAAGAAGUGGAAGUUGAUCAAAUCUCAUGGUGUUUCUACUGAUUCGCCACAAGAAGUCAAGUUCAGUGAUCCUUCGAUACAAGAACUAGACUCUGGAGAUGAUGAAAUCCGAUUCAAAGAUUAUAAACUACGAAACUGCCAUAAUGAUCAGAAAGAAGAUACCGAAUCAAAACAGGACCCAUCGCAUUGUGAACCGAUGAGCCCAAAUGAUUCUCAAAGGAUAAGAUUGGAUGAAACUACAUUCCCAACUUUACCUAUCCGUCAUGAUGAUGAUGUUGAUGAAUUAGGAUUUCAUAAAGUCUUACCAGUUUCAUCUGAAUCUAGGACAACCAAAGAAGAGGUUGAGAUUAUAGAGACGAUCAGUACGAAUUUGGUUAUAGAAGAUCAUCAUCAAGAACUUGGAAAACUUUCGAUCGGCGGAAUCGAAGAUGGAUUAACCGAAUCUAAUCCAUUGAUCAUCGAUCGAAAUCCGAAACCCAAAAAAUCGAAAUCUAAAUCGAAAUCACCACAUCAAGAAACCAAAGAUCUAAGCAGCACUACUACCACUACUACUACUACCACCACCACUACCACAGAAAGAGUUAGUACAAGUAUGGUGAUGAAGAAGAGUGAAGAAGAAAUCAAAUUGAAUUCAGAGUUGAAAUCGAUUCAAUUUAAAAAGAAUGAAGAAGAUUUAAAAAAGAUUCAUUUCAAAUCGUCACUAAAACAUUUAAAUGAGAUCAAAGAUUUAAAAGAAUUCAAACGUUCCAACCUAAAUGAAAAACUAAAUCAAUUUAAACUGAUGCAAAACAAUUUAAUGAUCAAAUCGAAGAGUAUUGAAAACGAUUUGAAAGCCAUCAAGUUUAAAGAAGAUUGUGUAAAGUUUUCGUAUCAAGAAGAUUUCAAGCUGAUCAAAACAGAAGAAAUCAAGAUGAAAUUAGAAUUAGAAAGAACUGAAGAUGAGAUUGAUGAGAUGAAUUCAAGGUUUGAAGAAAAACAAAUCGAAUUGAAAAAACUAAAAGAAAGCUUGAAUCAAAGAAAACUUAAAAUGAAAUUCAAAACAAACCAAACUAAACUUGAAUUAGUGGCAGGAGGAGGAGUACCAGAAUCAGAUUUGUUGGAUCAUAAACCAAAAGUCAUGAAGAUUUAUAGCAAUCCGAACAGACCAAGAUCUAAUACCAAUUCGACAUUAAAUCCGAUUGAAGAAACCAAAACUCAUCUUAUACCUAACUUGAACCGAUCGAUUCAUCAAUUCAAACCAUUCUUAGGAUCUAAUCAAGACACAACAUCUAAGCUUUCGAACCCAUCCACUUAUCCAGACUUAAUCCAUCGACCUACAAUGGACUUUAUCCCUAUCAUUCAAUCGAUCCCUACCCCAAGUUUAAAUCCAUGGGAACCUAAACCUAUAACCCAUUCAGCAGACCCAUGGACCGAAGAAAUCCAAGAACACAUCAAAGACAAUUUCAGUAAUUUACCUAAUUUGGAAAGAAGUUUGGUGACCAGUACGAGUGCGAGUAGGAGUCAAAAAGCUAGUUCAUUGGUGCCAUUAAAUAAACCUUGUUUGAAAAACUCGAUGGAUUUCAAGUUUGGUUAUCAUUCGAAUCUGAUGUCUUGUACUACUUCUAGUAUUUCUCCAUUCGGUCCUAUCGGUUCUCAUUCACAUUCUCAUUCACAUUCUCAAUCGAAUUCAACAGCUUCUUCUCCCAUUAUUCAUCAUGGAUUAAACCCAUUACCUACCCAAUUACUUAUGUACCCCAGCCCUGCAGCUUCUGCUUCUUCUUGUUCGUUACCUUUGAUGGAUUUUGGGACUUGUCAUUCGAAGGGAUUGGGAAUCGGAUUGGAAUCUGAAGUUUCGGAAGGGAAACCGGCUUCUAGGUUAGAAAGAUUAAAGAAAGUGAAAAGGAAAAAAAAAAACAAAUCUAGAAGUAAUUCAAUCGAAACUUAUGAACCCAACCAAAGCCAUCUAAACAAAACAAGAAGAUCAGAACCGAUCCCAUCAUCUUUACUUCCUAGCACAAGUACAAGUGAUCAGAGGAUGAUAGAUAGGAACCAGGGAUUUGAACAUACUCGAUCGAGGUCUUCUAACCCGGGUUUGAGUUUGAAUCCGUUUGCUAAAAGUUUUAAGUUGAAGGAAGAAAAGUUGCAAUCUGCUGAUCCGGUUGGUGAUGGGGUUGGAAUUGGAGCUGGAGCAGGAAUUGGAAUUGGAAUUGGAAUUGGAAAGUUUGGUGCGAUUGGUAGUUCUAAAAUUGAUGAAAAGAUUUGA